UACGCACUGUACCUGGCCAAUGAGGCUAAUAGGACAUACAUCCGAUGCCCGGCCCUACCUCGGCCCCUGAAUGGUGAAAAGUCUGAGAACACGUAUUGGCCAGGUACCAUUGUCAGGUUCUCGUGCGAUGAUGGCUACCGAUUGGUCGGUGACGAAGCGCGCCUUUGCCUCGAGGACGGCCUGUGCGCCAAAGGAUUCAACGAUAGCGUCUGUAAGACAAUAACCGUCGACGAGAGCCCUAACAUAGACGGCACUAAUCCCGUCAACCGACGGGUCUGUCUGUGCAGCGAUACCAAGGAAGGAUACGGCGGAAAUGCAGCGACAGGUGAGUACUUUCCGUAUUGGUUCAGUCCGGGACACGAGUGUAUCCGCAAUGGCAGAGACAGACAGUGCAAAGAGUACUGCCGUAGGAUCGAUAUAAACGACAAAACCAGUGCGUAUGGCCUAUGGGCGGCCGAUGAGAUCCAGGUGCUCAUAACGUUCAUGAAUACCACACAAUAG